UUUUGUUAGUACCUUAUGUUUAUUUUUGUUUGACAAUUGUCACGGUCGGAUAAUAUACCGACAUGUAAUAUUUACAUACAUAUUUUAAAUGAAAUGAGAAUCAAUUAGUAAUAUUUUACAACAGUAAAUAUGGAUUUGUGAGCAAAAUCAAUAUUUUAAAUAAACGACCAACGAUGAAGUGCUGUUUAACUUUUAAGUAAAACCUGCAAAAAAGCCGGCAUCGAUCUGAAGUUACGAAAUAGCGCCAAUAAUUUUGAUGUAUAAUUAAAUGCGAUGGAGGUCACGGAUAAAAAUUUAUGUCGGAUAUGUUUAUAUUCUCAAAGUAAAUUAUACCUCAUAACAGAUACAGAGUUGCAGGAAAUAUACGAGAAACUAACUGACAUCAAAAUACUCACAACAGAUGUCCAUCAGUAUGUCUGUUUUCUAUGUUACACUGUAUUGAGACAAUGUCGAAAACUAAAACAACAGGCCAUAUGGUCGGAGAAAGUGUUAAAGGAGAAUGCCAAUGCUAGUAUUGAGAUACAUCAUACAUUCAGGCUGAGCAAGUCAAAUAUAAUGACCGUUGAUAUAAAACCGGAAUUUGAAUCGGGAGUCAGCGAUGUAGUUAUUAAGAGGGAAGUCGAAGACAUUUAUACAAGUGAUGUGGAAACUCAUACAAAAAAUGAUUCAGAAGCCAACGAGAAGACCGACUCCGAAGAUGACAUUCCACUGAAGAAUAUCAGUUCUAAGAACAAGGAUGUAGUCGGCAAGAGGAAAGAAAGAAUAAUCAACGCCAAGGAAAUAAUUCUGAGCCACGAGGAACAGCUCCAGGAGAUGAUGGAGCGAUCCAAGUCUGAGAACUACACUAACUCACCAUACAAAUGCGAUCUGUGCUACAAGGGGUUCAUUGACCCAACCGCUUUUGACAAACACAAGGAGAAACACGAUAAGAUAAGCGGUCCGUACAAGUGUGGUAUAUGCCACCUCCGCUACCCCAGCACCAAGUCCCUGAGGGCGCACACGGCAUCCACACACUCCAGGAGGUACCAGUGUGACGUGUGUCCCUACAGAGCUCAUACAAGGAAUCAAGCCGUGGAACACGAGAAAUGGCACAAAGGACACACAUACGCCUGCCAGCUGUGCGGGCUCACAUUCAGCAAGCCAAGUACAUACCUGACGCACAUGAGGAAGCUCCACGCGGGGGAUCACGUGUGCAGGCAGUGUGGGGACAGCUUCUACAAGAGGCGAGGGCUCAUGAUGCACGUCAGCAAGUCUCAUCGGAGGGAGCAGAAUAACACAGAACCUCCCCCCAACUGCGUGUGCAAGGACUGCGAUAUACAGUUCACUAAUAUAGAUGCUUACACCAGACAUCUGUUGAUAACGAACAAACACACACUCUUCAACGACGAUUCCCGAUGUAAGGUGUGUGACCAACAAACAAACAAUCAACUGAACCACGAGCGGACGCACGCGCGCCAGCUGAAGCGGAGCGCCGACCCGAGCUACAAGACGGCCAGCGACUUCAAGGUUUCCUGCCAACAGUGUGAAGCAAGUUUCUCCAGCCGGAGUCAGCUCCAGAACCAUAUAAAGAGAGUCCAUCUGGGAAUCAAAUAUAAUAAGAACAUAGUCUGUGAGACUUGCGGUAAAAAGUGUACUUCCCGGGCUACCCUCGGCUACCACCAGCGCCGUCACACCGGUGAGAAGCCGUUCCCCUGCGACCGGUGCCCCGCGACCUUCUCCAGCCGCGAGUACCUCCGGGUCCACAGUCGAAGCCACUCGGGCGAAAGACCUUACGUGUGCGCGCUCUGCGGACACGCCUUUAGCCAGAAACCUGCACUGAACAGACACUACAGGGUCCACACUGGCGCUAGACCCUACGCCUGUCACCUGUGCAGCAAGAGCUUCAGUCAAUCCAACUCCCUCAAGGUCCACAUCAACACCGUCCACCUCAAGAUGCCCAAAACCAAGAGGAAGAAACCCACAGAUAAUACAACCGAUACCACAUAUAUAUAUUGUUUUAUUUAUCCUUACUACACGUUCAAACGUUAAACGUAAUACGGACAG